UUGGCGCGUUGGCGCCUGUGAGUUUCGAACACUGAUCGCAAAAUAUGCCACGUCACUGUUUCGAACGUCAAGCGACUAAGAAAAUUACGAACAGAAAAUUUUGAGAAUUUGGGAGGAGGUGAAUCGUUGAACGGAUACCGCCCUCCGGAAAAUACACUUACCUCCCGUGAUGGAUGUGCGGGGCGCUGCGGGGGGGUCUGGGGGCGUUGUCCUCUCUCCCAGCAGAUUUGCGUAAGACGCAAGUUUUUACGGAAACAUACGGUGCGACAGGGCAAGUUUCUGUCAUUCCGAGUACUUUUUUGAAAGGAAAAAUUUAUUGAUUACAGAAAAGUUUUUCCCACGAAAAUGACCGGAUCAAUCGCAUCUACAAAAAUACAGAAUUGCUUAGAUUUGAGAGACAGGUUGAUGAUGGCGAUGACGGAAUGGAAGGAGAGUAUAUGGGCGAAUUUUGGUGUGCGUUCGGUGUAUUAUUGGUUUGGUUCGUUCAUUUGUGCCUGAGCAAUCAUUAUCUCAUCUGGUACGGUCACGAGGUAUUCAGCGGGAUCCAGAAGAUCAACCUGUUUUGGAGGAAUGAGACAUUCUGGUACCACAUGAAGGAUCCUAAGUUUAACUUCACCAUCUUGGAUGUUUAUGAUGUUUGGAAUAAAACGAGAUACAAUUCCCAGCAAGCAGUGCUCAAUCUCGGAUUGAGUUUACUAUCCAGGCUUUACAAGGGUGCAAGUAACUUGACUACUUCCAUAUUUGGCCAAGAAGUGGCGAAUAAGUUAUUUUCGGAAAGGGUGCUAGUUGGGCUGACUGUGUGGAAUUUCCCGGAAUAUUUCCAAUCUACAAGGAACAGCACGAGCGCAAUACAACCGGGUAUUUCAAAUCUUCCAAUGGAUGACACUUUCAGUGCCUUUGCUACUGCCUUUCAUAAGAAUUAUUCACAAGAAGAAAAGGAUCAUAGACAAAACAAUUUCCAGGAAAAUCUAAAGCUCAUUGCUAAAUUGAAUACAGCAAAACUUGGAACUGCAACAUUCGCUGUUACGCCUUAUACAGAUUUUUCUCAAACCGAAUUUCAGCGUAAGUACUGUACCUAUCAUUCUACGUACGAUGGUCGAGCUUUUUACUCUGAUGAAGAAACCAUCAACGUAGGACCAACACCGGAGCAAUUUGAUUGGAAAACAAGAGGACUCGUUUCAAAAGUGAAAAAUAACGAAAACUGCGGAAGCGGCUGGGCAUAUGCAGUUGUGGACUGUCUAGAGAUGCACAACGCAAUUCGCCGGAAUUCAUCUGUUGUUGAAUAUUCUGCACAGCAAAUAGUAGAUUGCGAUAAGAACUCUCGAGGUUGUGCGGGUGGAAGUGUGACAAAUGCUUACAAGUAUAUAAAAGACGCCGGAGGCCUUGCAUUGGAGCGUUCGUACCCAUACACUUUCAGAGAAUCAAGUUGCUUGUUUGAGCCAUCAAUGGCCAAGAUCAGAAUAAAAAGCACAUUUUACACUUUGCCACCCAGCGAGGAAACUAUACGCCACUUCAUCUACAAUUACGGUCCAGUUGUUGCAGCCAUCAAUUGCGCUCAGUUACAAUUUUAUAAAAGAGGGGUGAUUCGAUGUAACGAUGAGAACUGCAAUCCAAGGCACAUGAAUCACGCUGUGGUCGUGGUUGGAUACGGUGUCGAGGGUUCCAGGGGCGCGAACAGUACAUCUGGUAUACCGUAUUGGCUCGUUAAAAACAGCUGGGGAACUGCUUGGGGAGAAGAG